UCAUGUUUCUCUGUAGGUAAUGUUUCUACAACUUCUUCAAGUGUCUUACCUGCAGAACCAGGGUAUAAUACUACCACAAAUGUACGCUGCUGCUUUGGCAAACAUAGCAAACUUGGUGACAAACUACAUCUUAAUAUACUGGCUGGAUCUGGGUGUAGGCGGAUCUGCAGCAGCCAAUGCUCUGUCUCAGAUUUACAUCUGUGGAUUUCUGUUUGCUUACAUUCGCUGGAAGAAGCUCCAUGUAAAAACAUGGGGAGGCUGGUCUGUAGAAUCGCUGCAGCACUGGGGCUCCUACAUGAAACUGGCCGUUCCCAGUACAAUGAUGAAGUACUUUGAGUGGUGGCUUUAUGAGUUUGGUGGAUUCUUUGCAGGAAUGCUGGGUGAAGACCAGCUGGCAGCCCAACAUGCUGUGAUAAUGGUGGCUUUCAUCACCUACAUGUUCCCUCUAGGUAUUCAAGCUGCAGCAUGCGCCCGAGUGGGAAAUGCCCUUGGUGCGGGAGACACUGCCAGGGCCCUCCUCACCAGCAAGAUCUCUUUCGCUCUUGCAGCAAGCAUCGCAGUUGUGGAAGGUGUUGUGCUCGGCUCUACUAAAACAGUGAUUGGCUACAUCUUUACCUCUGAUGAGAAGAUCAUAGGUCUGGUUUCGCACUUGAUGAAUGCUUACUGUUUCCUUCAGUUCUUUGAUGGUAUUGUGAGUGUGUGCACAGGCAUCUUCUUGGGAACAGGCAAACAGAAGAUUCCUGCUGUGUCCAACUUCCUUGGAUACUACGGCAUAGCACUUCCAAUCGGCAUUACUUUGACCUUUGUUGCAAAAAUGGGAAUAAUUGGUUUUUGGCUGGGACUACUCAUUUGUGUCGUUUUAUUAUCCACCUUCUACACCAUUGUCAUCUUCAAGCUCAACUGGAAGACAAUUACAGAGGAGGCUGUGGAGCGAGCACAGAAAAACACUCCCAUGACUUUAUUAAGCACGGAUGCCCUGUCAGACACUGCGGGUGACAACACUGAUUACCAGAGAUCAGUAGACGGCUACAUGUCUGUGAGCUCCGGUUGCCAUGACGGGAACACAGAGACAGAGAGGGGACAUGUGGUCCAGCAGCUGAAGGGUGGACGUCUCUCCACUACACAGCUGAUCCUCAGACGAGGCCCCGUUAUGUUUGUGGCAGUUUCACUUCUGGCUGUGGGAGCAAGCGUGCACUUCCUGGUGCCUUUGCCAGAGAUGCUGCAUUCAGAGUCCAACUUUACUUUGGACUGGACCAAUACGACAUAUACCCCUGAUGAAAUGUUCUCCACUGCACUGGUCCCAAUAGAAGGAUAACCAUAAGAUCAUUAAUCACUAAAUCAUUGUUCCCACUCGAUGUCAUAAAAUAUUAUGAAUUCUUGGCAAUGGAUGAAAUAAUAUUUUCCUUUACGCAAUUAAAUUAUUAAUAGAUAAUUACAUAUUUAUGUUACAUCUGCACUUGUGUCUCCAAAAGUCCAAAUAAAAUGUUGAUUCCAAGAAUACCACAAAACUUUAUUUAUUAAAUACAAAUGUUUUGGCAA